GUGCACUCAAAUGCGAACUUUGGCACUUGAUCAGGCCGUAUCCAGGGAACGCGAUAGCAAGCACCUAUCUAAUCUAAAAAUAGUUGUUGAUUUGGUAUGUUUACACACGUUGUGGCUUUUGCAGAGCAUUCAGCAGGGCGGCAAAGAUAAGCGUUGCUGUUGGGUCUGCGCUUCCUGUCCCGACGGAGAGAUCUUCACAGAUGGGGCCUGUACGAAAUGUCCGCUUGGAUUCGCGCCAGACGAGUGGAAGACCGAGUGUUUUCGUCUACCUAUUGAAUACGUGCGAUGGCAUGACACCCAAGCAAUAGUAGCAAUAAUCUUCGCAUCAUUGGGCUUCCUCAGCACCCUGUUCACCUUCGUCGUGUUCGUCAAGUACAACGACACACCAGUCGUCAAGUCGUCAACAAGAGAACUGUGCUACAUCAUUUUAGCUGGAAUGACAGCAUCCCAUGGAUCCAUUUUUGUCAUUCUAGCUAAACCAAUGGCAGUGACUUGUGCUUUAACUAGGUCUUUACCAGGACUUAGCUUUGCCAUGAUAUAUGCGGCAUUGUUAACCAAGACCAACAGAAUUGCAAGGAUACUGGCAGGUAGCAAAAAGAGGUUUCCUACCAGAAAACCUAUGUUUAUGUCUGCCACAGCUCAAGUGUUUAUUACAUUAUUCUUGAUAUCCAUAGAGGUCUUCAUUUCAGGGAGUAUGCAGCACUAUCAGCCACCUAAAGAGGACUAUGUAUACUUUCAUCAGAAAACAUUGCUCCAAUGCAACACAACUCCAGAAAAUAUUCUGAUUCCGCUGACUUUUGAUUUUUUUCUUAUUCUUCUUUGUACUGUUUAUGCAGUGAAGACGCGAAAUGUUCCAGAAAAUUUCAACGAAGCUAAAUUCAUAGGCUUCGCCAUGUAUACUACCUGUGUCAUAUGGAUAGCUUUUGUGCCGAUAUACUUUGGAAGUGACUCCAAAGUCAUAACUAUGUGUAUGUGCGUCACGCUUAGUGCUACUGUGACUUGGGUAUUCCUGUUCGUACCAAAACUGUACAUAAUAAUAUUUCAACCUGAAAAGAAUAAUAGGGCAUAUUUCACGACCACAAAAAUCCGAUGUCACAUUGGAUCUAAAGUAGCUUCAGCUAUUUCCGAUAAAAGUUCUACCAAUAGUUGGAGAGAAAGCAGUACAUCAAUAAAAGAACUUGACAAAUGUGUCAAGGACUACAUGCCACAAAGGAGAACUUUAUCGUGUCAAACGGGUACAGAGUUACUUCAGGUGAUUCUGAAUCCACGAGCCCUACUGGAAGUGUGCUCUCCACCACAUAAUGUAUACCAUGUUCCAAGGAUAAUUGAGAAAAACUGCUGUGAGUCAGACAACUGCCAGCUAAAGAAUAUUACUAUCAAGCUACCUGAUAAACCCCCAAGUAACCCUAAUUGCAAAUAUUAAUCCCAAUGUAUCUGUUACCGGACUAACCCGAUUUUAGGAUAAACUAGUUUUCCCUAGGCCAAAUCAGUGUAUGUGAAGAGCAAUAGGCUGAUCUAGUUUUAGUCUAGUUAAUAGUCGAGACUACCGAACAGUGAUAACACAGCCACAAACUUAUUUCCGCUGGCGUAAUGGAGUAAUUAAAGCUUGCGACUAUUUUCGUAUGAGUUCGGUUUUCCGGAAACCAGCCGUUUUUUUAUAAAACAGCGGAGAACCCAAAAGACUUCUUUUUCGCUGAAACGGCUGAGUAUAUCAGGGAUUUUUUACUCUUAAAUUUUCUAAUUUUUGGGCUAUCAUAAAAGGUCUUUGCAAAUUUUUGACUAAAAUGUGUAAUUUUGGCGCUACAGUGUGCUGAUACUUUGCACUCAGAGUUUUGAUGACAAAAUCGCCAGAAAUCGUCAUUCUUUGAAAUAACUAGGAGUCAACCAUAAAACGCCAGGAAUGAAUUUGUGGGAGAAGGGGGUAGUAGCCUGCCUGUUAACUGAAGAGUGGAGCUGAGGGAGGGGAGGAUGGGGAAGGGUGUGUUAGACACGUGUAAUCUGAACGAAACUAUAAGUUCAUUCACAGGGGGUGGCUCCAUUGUGCUUCCGCUGAUCCUCGUUUCAUGUUUCGUUAAUCUAUACAAUUAUUUUUUACAAUGCUAUACCUGGAUCCACAAAAUUGCAGUCAUAUGAUGAAUUUAAAAGACAUGAAGAAAUUUAUUUUGAAUACCUAUUAGUAUAUAAAUUAGUUGAUAAAAUUUAUCUGUCACCUCACAGAAAAAUAUUUCCAAUAUAGCAUUCCUUGAAUUUGGAAACCUGAGCUCGCUUGCCAGUUUGGCGUUCACUGACAUUUCCACAGCGAGUGUGCAGAGAAGACAUCGUCCGUUCUUUACAUAUUUGCAUUGUAUGUUAGCCCAACGUAUAGACGCGGCUCAAGAACUGCUAAAUCUCUUAUCAUGGUCGUAGAUCAAGAACUACCGGUGAUCAAACUGAUUUGCGAGGAUGAUUAUGAAAAUAACGUGGAGCCUCGAAAACGAGUCUUUAGAUGACUCAUUGGGCUUCUACAUCCUGUAAUGUAUUCUUAUCAUUGCCACUCAUUUAUAUACUCGUUCACACCUUUUUUGCAGCUCUAGGUUUUUUGUCGUUGAUCCAAUUCUAAAUGAAAAUGCUAUACCUCACUUAUCCAGUCAAUCGGUAAGCGGCUAAAGAGAAAUUACUGCACCUUGUACUCUAAUUAAACGCAUACAUUUCAAAAAUUCAUUAAUAUGCAUACGUCGGUGAACGCCUGCAACUACAAACGAGCUUAUUAUUCGAAAUCGACUGGCCUAUCAUUGAUAGUGAGUACACUGAGGUCGUCCAAAUAUUAAAAGAGGAUCUGCCGCGUGUACGCCCGCCCGUGGUCCCGCAAGCCCCCCGCCAACAAGCUAUCAGCAAGCUAUAACGCAAAAACUAAGCAAUUUAGUAAAACAUUUGCAGAUGUCUUUUUGAUGGCCCAAAAAUUAGGAACAUAUACUUGUAAAAAAACCCAGAUAUCCUCAGCCGUUUCAGCGAACAAAAAUUUAUUUUUGUUUUUCGCUGUUUUAAAAAAAAGACUGGUUUCCGGAAAACCAAACUCUUACGAUAAUAUUCGCAAGCCUUUAUUACACCAUUACGCCAGCAGACAUAACUGUGUGGCUGUGUGGCUAUUUCAUCACUUUUGCGGCAGUUUCGGCUAUUUAACUGGACUAUUUAUCCUAGUCUAAACUGACUUCAAUUAAGUAUGAUUAGGCAAAACUGAUUUGUCCUAACCUCUUCACAAAGGUAAUGUUUUUACUACUAAUUACAAACACGUUUAAUGACUUUUAUUAUUUACUUGUUAUUACAUGUCAAACUAUUGUGACAUUUCGAGUUGCAGAGAACGUUAUUUUUCUUGUCCCUCUUCCAAGAAUCUCUGCCUCCACUCCUUUUGAGUCACGUGUCCACUUGAUGAAGCCUCAUUCAUGAUAACGAAAUACAAAAAUACACUCCAAACUUUAGAUCAAUAAAAAAAUAUUUCAAAAUGUCUAGGUUAUGAAUAACAUCCACAAAACGCAACGGAAACGAGCCAAAGCUGCGCAGCUAUCCUUUUAAAGAGUUCCGAUUAGUUAAAUCUCGGUCGGGACAAAUCAGUUUUUUCUUGUCAGAAUUAAUUUAUUUCAGGAUAAACUAGUUCACUAUAGCUCUUAGGAUAAACUGAUCUGGACUAGAAAAAACUAGUUUAUCCUAAAAUUGGGUUUGUCCGGUAACAUAUUCAAAAAAUUGACUCAAUUCAGUUCAGCUCACAUAGUAAUAUAAAUAUUAAAGACGAAAAUAUUUUAAGAUUGUCGUCAUCGUCACAUCAACGUCAAUUGCAACAGGUGAGGUGGGGCGAUACUUGAUUUUUAGUCUAGUAUGAAGCCUGUUUCCAGUUAAUCUUCGGACAAUGUAUCUUUCUUAAAUGGCUAUACAACAAUCAGAUGUUUGAAUCCGCACUUUGAAUAAAGAAGAUGGAUAGCUCCCUACGGCUUGUAUUUUUCUAAAUAACCGAGGUUAACUAUUUUUUUCAACCUAUAAAUCGUUGGCAAAUACCCACAAAGAAGUUUAUUACACUUUCUAAAGUUACCUGUGACUAAAAUAGCCUACAAACCAAUAAUUGUUGGACUAGUGGCAAAGUGGAGAGAAAUGAAGAAGAGCUGUGAGGAUCAAAGCUUGCUGAUAUAGCUGUAGGAGAGAGCUAGAUCGCCGACAGCGCGACGAUGCUAUAAAAGAAAGCAGAGCUAUUAUUGGCCUGUAGAUAAGGGUCGGUCCUUGAUCCUUUUUUGGGAUGUGCUGAAGAUGAGAAAAAGUGCUGGAUUUGGAAGAUAUCUGAAGGAGAUCCGAAAGCACUGGAGCAAGCUCCGCUACACACCUAUUCAGUACAACGACAGGAAUCAGGUCAGAAGUUUUGUUGAUGAGAGCACCCGUCUUACGGUCUUAUACCUGAACGUUACUUCCGGCAUAGUAUUGGAAUCCUUUGAAUCGAUGGCAUUCGUGCGUUGGCAAGCACUUCUGCAAUACUAUUCGAAUCGGUUACAAUUGUUUCAAUCUGUCAAGUUAGCGGUGUCAUACUAGUCUUUAAAAAGUUCCCUUCAAUUUGCUUGUCGAGAAAAACCGACUGCCAUUGCGCUGCGCCAUUACGUAAUUGUGCCUAAUUUUUACAUCGUGCUGGUCUUUGGCACUGCGAACCGCUUCGUUAUAUUUGUGAACUCGACAUCAGCUUGUCUGUUGUAUGGUUAUUCCAUUCAAUAAAAUGUGAAUUUGUGUUGCCACGUAGUCAUGAAUCACCCUGUUGUGUGGUAUAUCUUCCAAAUAAAGAGAGUAUAUUUCCCUUUAUUAUUUUUUUUCAAUAAUUUUUUUACGUAUAAUUUCUAGUACCUGGGCAAUUGAUCCCACACUAAGAACUCACCCUGUAGGUACCGAAUACUACGUGAAACAAAAAAAAAGAUUACUCGGUCAAUGACUUGAGACUUGCUUCUCUUCAGGAUCGGCCUAAAUGACAUUAUUAAUACGAUCUUUCUUGACGUAUUACUUUCUGUAUUCUUUAUGAAUUUCAAUCACAGUUGGCAUGUCCUGGGAUACCACCUGUAUGUACACACACAAUCAAUCCUAUAUCAGAAUAACUAUAUAGUAUGUUAAUUAUAUAUUAUAGGUACAUAAUAUUGUUAAAAUAGAGCUUUAGAAUGUGUUCAAACAUGACCAAAGAGUACCAAUUAUAAUAAUAUAUCCGCUUAGUGUCAUACAGACUCUUUAUGAUAGAUAUUUUAGCCAUUAACACUAUAGAUGAUACUGAACAGCAUGUGCAAUACUAGUAGCAUAUACAGGGUAGCCGAUAUGUAAGUGACUGGUUUGCAUCUUGAAUAUUUGUGAAAUGAAAAUACGUUUAUUUUUUUCAUAUUAAUCUUUUAUUGAAACUGAGAAAUUAUGUAUGAAACCUUAUGCAUGAAGCCUGAACCUGAGCCUCUUGAUUACAUUUUCCAUCACUUUUUGGUAGGUUUCGGGAGGAAUAUUUUCAAUCGCGGCCGUAAUAUUGUUCUUCAGCUACUAUACAGUAUUUGGUUUGUUGGCAUAAACCCUAUUUUUCAAAAAUGCCUAUAAAAAAGUCAGGAGCCGUUAAAUCCGAUAACCUUGAUGGCCAAUUGGCAUCACCAAAUCGAGAAAUCAAACGUCCCGGAAAUAUUGUUUGCAAAAGAUUCAUUGUUUCCCUAGCUGUGUGACAAGUUGCUCCAAACUGCUGGAACCACAUGUUUUGCAGGCUAAAUUGUUGGAUUUGAAGAGACAGAAAGUUUUGCACCAUAUCGCGGUAGCGCUCGUCAGUGACAGUAAGAGAAUUACCUGCAGCGUCUUCAAAGAAGUAAGAUCCAAUGACACCAUUAUACCAAACAUCGCACCAAACUGUGAUUCGACGAGGAUGUAGUGGUCGUUGGUGGAUGACACGAGAAUUCUAUAAUGCCCAGAUACGACAAUUCUGCUUAUUAACAAAUCCGUUCAUAUCGAAGUGGGUUUCAUCGCUCAUUGCAACUCGUCGCUAAAAAUCGUUAUUUUGGGCAUUGAGCUGCAAUAUUGCAUGACUGUAUUGUCGGCGAGUUUCAUGGUCACUAGGCUGUAGCUCUUGGGUUAACUGAAUUAUGCAAGUCUUUCCUCAAAAUAGUGCAUAAUGACGUGCGACGAAUACCCAGCUCUUGAGAACGAUAUCUGGUAAAUGUCUCAGGGCGCUCCACUACACUUUCACGAACUGUCUCGAUAUUUUUCGGAGUACGAACAGUUCGACCUCGGCCCGACCUUGGAAAGUCUUUAACGGGACCUGUUUGUUCAAAUUUCCGCACCAACUGACGAAUGGUGUUGACAAUGGGCACAUUAGUUCGACCGAAAUCUUGUCGUAGCUUCCGAAUUGUUGCAACAACCGACUCAUUAUUUAAGUAAAACGUUUUAAUAUGGCGCGCAAUUUAAAUCAGUCAGGUAUAUAUUGGCCACCCUGUACAUAGGAAUAAUAACGUAAGGCAAUAACUGUAAUAUUAAAGUAGCAUUACAGUAUGGGCAAUUUUGUUACAAUUCAUGUACAAUUACUAUUGUCACAAAAACUUGUAUAUAUACUUCAGAUAAUGAAACAUUUAAACAAA